AUGGGGGUAUCUCGAUCAACAAUAUUUUCUUCGCCAAUUGUGAUUCAGUCAAGCGACACUUAUUCCUCUCCUAUGAAUCCAAUUUUUGGUGAGACAAUAAAAGAAAGUUUGGGGCAGGGUAAAAAGAAGAAAACCCAACAACCACAAGUUGAAACCGAGGAUGAAGUUGAAGCUGAGAAUGACCCAAGUUCUUCCUCGGGUACUAUUCCUCCAUUGAUUAUGGUUGGACAAAUGUUUAUACAAAUGCUCGAAAAGAUGGAGCAAUUUCAAAAGACUCAAGAUGAUAUGAAGGAGUCUAUCAAG